AUGCUCACACGGCUUUUCUUCCGCCAUCUAGGCGCGCAACAGGUGCAGUUCCGGACAGCCGUAUUCCCCGGCGGAGACGCUGCAGCCGCCGACAAUGUCACACUCGUCGAUGAUGCGUAUGCCUUCUUCUGGCCGGAACCAGACGUGCGCACUCUCUCUACGAACGGCGUCAGUACGGGCGAAAACGUCGUGGGCCCGCUAUACGUCCCAGACCUAGCGACGGAUCAAUGUAGAAAUUCCACUGCUUCCUUCGUGCCCGCCAACGUAACGCGCUUCGACGACCUGCCUCCGUCCAAAAACUACCACCAGAUAGCAAUGGCUCCUUGGACAUCGGCUCAAUGUAUCUACGAAUUCCUCAACAGUGCGGAUGCCGAUCCUCUGCUUCGCGCCAUCAUAUUCUUUCCCACAGAUGGCAGCCAAACCCUCCCUCCCCCGGCGAACGAUGCACUGUGGGACUUGAAUGAUGGAGGCCAUUGGAAGACAGAUCACAACUUCGCAAUAUACGCUGUGCCAAGCUCCACAGGACGACUUGUCAUGAACGCCCUUGCGGCUUACUCCGGCAACCUCACCUCGGUACCACACGGUCACGAACUCUCCGGCCAGUAUCACCCAAGCGACUUUGUCCGCGAGAUCGCUCAAAUACCUACUAACGGCGGAAGUCAGCUUCCGAGCUUGUGGGUCUUCCUCCUCAUCGUCUUGGGCCUCAUGGUUCUGGCAAUCUGCGGCUCAUCUGUCGGUGUUCAUUGGCAUCAGAAAAGAAUGAGAAAUCAGCUGCGCGACCGCGUCGUUCGGGGAGAAGUGGACCUCGAAGCUCUGGGGAUCAGGCGCCUCACCGUCCCACAGGAAGUUUUGGACCGAAUGCCUAUUUACGUCUACCACGCCAAUACGGCCUCAUCGCAGGACGAAGAAGGGCCAAAACCUGAUGGUGACACUCCAGAACCGACCGUCGCCGAUGGUACGUCUGCGUUCUCCCAACCAACCUGCGCCAUCUGCCUGGACGAUUUCAUCGACAAAGAGACGGCCGUGCGCGAGCUUCCCUGCAAGCACAUCUAUCAUCCAGAGUGCAUCGACAACUUCCUGCGCGACAGCUCUUCACUGUGCCCCUUGUGCAAGAAGACGGUGUUGCCCCGAGGCUAUUGUCCUGCUGUGAUCACGAACGCGAUGGUACGCCGAGAACGCUGGGUCCGCCGGGUCAGACAACGCGCGGCUGCACGCGGCUUGUCUGACGACCAGAUGCGACAAGAGGAGGAGCGUGUUAGAAUGGAAGAACGCACCCGGAGUGGGUUUUUGACUUCUCUUGCCGCUUUAGUCAUGGGAGGGCACACGACGAGACAACGGCCCGCAACUGCCGCCGAUCUUGAAAUGCAACAGGCCGACACGUCGCCAGCAGCAUCUCGAUCAGUUGAUUGUCCUGAUGAUGAAGUUCGCGAUACAAUCGUUGUCCCGGCUCCUACAGCACGUUCGCGUCCCGCAGCACCUCCGAAUGGUCCAACGACUGAGACCACACGCGUUCCGAGUCCGUCUGAUCGUCCUGCCCCAGGAACUUCGUCGCGUCGCGAAUGGGCACGACAACGCGCUCUGACACUUUUAGGUCGCGAACACCGUCCAGAUGCCUCGACGGUUGCUGACGAUAAUGAUGCCCCUGGCCGAACCCGCUGGCGCAAGGUCCUCGGCCGCAUUUGGCCAACUCUUGGGUAA